AUGAUGUUGUUUGUUGGUUUUUUGCUUAUUUCAUUAGUUUUAGCUAAUAAAACUGAUGAAGAUCGAAUGAAUUUACCAUCUUCAAUUAUAAAUUGUACUGUUAAACAUGGAACUCAUUUAUUGAAUGAAGGUGAAAAAAUAAUAAUUCAUGGAAAAUUAUAUAAAGUUGAAGAUUGUCGUCUUCAACGAGCUUAUCGAGCUUGUGGUCCUGAUUUGUGGUAUAUAGUCAACAUUGUUUGUGAAGCUAUAGACCUAUAUAAAGAAAAAACAAACCUUGGCACUCGUAUUCGCAAAUUUGUACAACAGAAAUUACUUACUGAAGCUUGUUGUGAAAGUUCGUGUACUGUUGUUGAAAUGUCACGUUACUGUCCCUCGUAA